AUGUUAUUUCUUUCCUUGAUUUGUGCCGAUUUUCUCCUUUCACUUUUAAAUAAAUGGCCUUACUCAGUACAGCUAAAGCAACUGUUUCAGCCGUGGGAUGAGUCAUCUGUUCAGCUAUCGAAUAGCCUUGCAUUCUGUACAUCGGUGCGUCUCGUUGGCUUGCGUGAUAUUUGCGGCCGGACAGCAAUAAUGUUGGCUGCCUCUGUUGGUGCUAUUGCCACUCUUGAUCGGCUGAUUAAGGCUCAUCAGCAAUUACUGAUGCUUCUAGGUUUGCUUCCACUGCCUCAAUCCGCAGGUCUCGGGAUCGCCGACGGACGGAGCUCCCCUCGAGUAGCUGAUGGAGGUGGUGAUUUUCAUUUCCAGGGGUUACGAUCGACUCCAACAGUGUCUGCCGAUCGGCGCAAACGCGCUGUAAAAGCCUGGCGCACCCGGAGUGGAUUCAAGCAAGGGGUCUUCCGGAGAGGUGGGAGCGGUAAGACAGACGAAAGAGCGGAGGGGGACGAGAAAGACAGAAGGAAUUCGAACAGGUGGCAAGAGUAUAAUUUGAAUGGUUCAGAACACUUUGAGACACAUCAUGUAGAGGCAACAGCUUUAAAAGAAAUGGAAAAUGCGAUCCUUGAUGGAGACGAUUUUGAGGAUAUUGAGGAGGACAGGGAAGCUGAAUCGGAUAAGGACUGGGAUAAUGAAGAAGAUGAAAAUAUAAAAGAAGAUAAAUUGAAGGAGACAAACAAGGAUAUUCUAGAUCAGAAUUUGCAGAAAAAGCCAUCCAAAAUAAAGAUUGAGCUUAAUGAUGGAGUUAAUGGUAGAGAAUUAUCAAAUAGCGAUCAGUUAAUCAGCCUUCUGGCUUGGUCUGCCAAGGACGAAGCCGGCAUGACACUACUACAUCACGCUUGCACAGCACCUGGCGACCAUACUGGAAUAUUUCUUCUUAACAGGUGA